CUUAGGGCAGGAUGAACGCUGCUUUCCAAGAUGGCGACGGAGGGAGGAGGGAAGGAGAUGAACGAGAUUAAGACCCAAUUCACCACCCGGGAAGGUCUGUACAAGCUGCUGCCGCACUCAGAGUACAGCCGGCCCAACCGGGUGCCCUUCAACUCGCAGGGAUCCAACCCUGUCCGCGUCUCCUUCGUAAACCUCAACGACCAGUCUGGCAACGGCGACCGCCUCUGCUUCAAUGUGGGCCGGGAGCUCUACUUCUAUAUCUACAAGGGGGUCCGCAAGGCUGCUGACUUGAGUAAACCAAUAGAUAAAAGGAUAUACAAAGGAACACAGCCUACUUGUCAUGACUUCAACCACCUAACAGCCACAGCAGAAAGUGUCUCUCUCCUAGUGGGCUUUUCCGCAGGCCAAGUCCAGCUUAUAGACCCAAUCAAAAAAGAAACUAGCAAACUAUUUAAUGAGGAAACCUCUUGUCAGCACUUGUGGAAGGUGGAUUGGAAUGAAGAGAAUGAAGGUAGCAAGACCAGUGAGAAGGCUCUGGUAACUGUCCAGAGACUAAUAGACAAGUCACGAGUAACCUGUGUCAAAUGGGUCCCCGGUUCGGAAAGCCUUUUUCUAGUAGCCCAUUCAAGUGGGAACAUGUACUUGUAUAAUGUGGAGCACACUUGUGGCACCACAGCCCCCCACUACCAGCUUCUGAAGCAGGGAGAGAGCUUUGCCGUGCACACUUGCAAGAGCAAAUCCACGAGGAACCCUCUCCUUAAGUGGACGGUGGGCGAGGGGGCCCUCAACGAGUUUGCUUUCUCCCCAGAUGGCAAGUUCUUGGCGUGCGUGAGCCAGGACGGGUUUCUGCGGGUGUUCAACUUUGACUCGGUGGAGCUGCAUGGCACGAUGAAAAGCUACUUUGGAGGCUUGCUGUGUGUGUGCUGGAGCCCGGACGGCAAGUACAUUGUGACAGGUGGAGAGGACGACCUGGUAACAGUCUGGUCCUUUGUAGACUGCCGAGUGAUAGCUAGAGGCCAUGGGCACAAAUCCUGGGUCAGUGUUGUGGCGUUUGAUCCCUAUACCACUAGUGUAGAAGAAAGCGACCCUAUGGAGUUUAGCGGCAGUGACGAGGACUUCCAAGACCUUCUUCACUUUGGCAGAGAUCGAGCGAACAGUACACAGUCCAGGCUGUCCAAACGGAACUCUACAGAGAGCCGCCCUGUCAGUGUUACAUAUCGGUUUGGCUCGGUGGGUCAGGACACGCAGCUCUGCUUAUGGGACCUUACAGAAGACAUCCUCUUCCCUCACCAACCCCUCUCGAGAGCAAGGACACACACAAAUGUCAUGAACGCCACGAGUCCUCCGGCCGGAAGCACUGGGAACAGUGUCACAACGCCCGGCAACUCUGCGCCCCCUCCUCUGCCACGGUCCAACAGCCUCCCACAUUCCGCCGUCUCAAAUGCCGGCAGCAAAAGCAGCGUCGCGGAUGGGGCCAUUGCUUCUGGGGUCAGCAAAUUCGCAACACUCUCACUACAUGACCGGAAGGACAGGCACCAUGAGAAAGACCACAAGCGAAACCAUAGCAUGGGACACAUUUCUAGCAAGAGCAGCGACAAACUGAACCUAGUUACUAAAACCAAAACGGACCCAGCUAAAACUUUGGGGACACCCCUGUGUCCUCGAAUGGAAGACGUCCCCUUGUUAGAACCGCUCAUCUGUAAAAAGAUAGCACAUGAACGGCUGACUGUGUUAAUUUUUCUUGAAGACUGUAUAGUCACUGCUUGUCAGGAGGGAUUUAUUUGCACAUGGGGAAGGCCUGGUAAAGUGCCAGCAGAGCACUUCUCCUGCAGUCAGGAGGACAGAAUGCAAGGUGUUCUCCAAGACCAGGACUAAAGUUGCCGGCAGCUUGAGAAGAGGGCACUGGAGAGGGGCGGGCGGGCUCUUCGCCUCCUCCCGCCGAUUGGCUUCUGACCAAUGGCUCCUGCAGACCUGGGAUGGGGGGGAGGUGGGGAGCCUCAGGGGGCCCUGAAUUCAGCUGUGUGAGGCACGGUGCCACCGAGGGACAUCAGGGGAGCGUUUUUAUAGUUUUCUCACCAAACUUUGAGCUUCCUCAUUGAAAUUUUUUGAAGUUUUUCAGCUUAAACAUUAUCCUGAGCAAGAAUAUCUUUUCUAACCUAACUUCUGGAAUAAAACAGCUGUUGGCAGGAGGAGGCUGUUACUACUCGGUCAGCACAACUUUUCUGUCAUGCACUGAAGUGCAUUGAUGAAAAGCACAGACAGAAAUAAAGUACAUACGUGGUGGCACUCAAGUCCCACUCCCUCCCAGCGAGAGCACCUUGGCCUGUGGCCUGCGUGCAGCGACGGACGCCCUCAGAAGGCACAGCCAAGCACUGACGGUCCUCUCUGCCUGCCCUGCUCUGGCUUGCCUCUCUUAAACCUUCCGGGAAGUCCGGAAGCCGGGAUUGUGCUGCGACGUUGGUGAGCAGCUUCUCGGCGCGCUGCCCCGCUCCAGUCCUACUCUGAGCCUUCCUCUUACUUGGGCAGGGGAAUUAACAGUCCCCCAGAGGGCUGGAGAAGAAGCCUUUGGAAAACCUUGCCUUUGCAAAAGCAAAUGUGUAAGAGGGAGUAGGCAGACUCUUUAAAAAUAACCAGUAACUUUGGGUUCUAAAUUUACUUACACAGUGGUAAAGAAUCUUAAUUUUGGUUUUUGUGCUGAUUGAACCUUCCAGCAUUUUUGAAGUGUUCUCUGAGCCAUUGGCUUGGGACUAGGGAUAAAUGCCUUAUGAUAGAGAAAUGGAGGAGUGGAGGAUAAACAGAAAUAAGCUAUAACAAAAAUUAUUGUCUCAGACAUUCAGAAACUAUGAAGAACAAAAUGUGGUGAAACUUUACCAGUUUUUAUGGGUGUGUACACAUGUCCCAGGUGGGACUCAAUAUUCUGCUCCACUGUUUGCCUUAACACCCACAUCCUGGCUGGCCAAUAGCCAGGCAGCCACUUCUCGAUUCCUCCACUUCCUGUGGUGCAUCUUGAAUUUUUAAGAUAUGGUCAAGUAUUGAAUUUGUGCUGACAUUGGUGAAGCUGUUUUACCUGAUGUCUGCACCUGUGUACAAGGUUCUCGCCACCUCUUGCCCGGGAAGGAGAUGUUUGAUUUCUUUGUUGAGGAAGCUCAAAGUGUGAGGGGGAAAAGCCAGAGGGGCGGCGGUGGGGCAGGGGGGCUGGAGGGGGAAUCCUUUGGAAACCCCAGUGCCACGUUUGGUGUGUCUGCCCGUCUGAGGAAGACCUAGAAGCGGAGUCCGACUGUGGCUUUUGCAGGGCAGAUGCUCAGAGCGCAGCAUCCCAUCUGGUGCGUGAGGGACUGGCGCAGGGCACCCGCCGCCCGUGUGGGUGCGCGAGGAGAAGCGUCUGGCCUCUGAUCAACUGUCCCAUUGUCCGUUGUUCUGGGCGUGUCCACUGAUGGCUUUCCUUCUGCAGCAGGGAGCCUCUGCAUGCGUUGUAGGCCUGAAAAGGAACCCGGAGAUGCUCCCGUCCUGGGAGCACGGUGGGGAGCAAUCGGCAAGACCCUCUCCUUGUCCGGAGCCUGCCCGUCACAUGGGGCUGCUCGGGACUGUCCUCUGUUCAGGUCACCGGGGGCUCAGCUCCACGACCCCAGUGAUGGCCAACAGGAGCAGACAGCAGUCUGGGGAAAGUGAAGCCCAGGGCUCACAGUGGAAAAGCACUUGUAUUGAGCUGUUACCCUUGAAACCCAAAGCGCAAGUUCAAAGCUGUAUGAAAUGCCCCUCCAGGGGAGGGAACUGUCCCACUGGUGGUGACUCUUUAUUCAUUGCUGCAUCUGUUACAUGAACUUCGUGUCAUAGUUAAAUUGCUGUCUCAAAAGUAUAACAAAAAUUUUCUGCGUUUUUAAUUUCUGUAUUCCUAAGUUUAUUAAAGGUUGCUAUAUUAGGUGACACUGUAUAAAAUUGUAUGAAUAUUUACCUUUAGUGAAAAUCAAAAGUAAAAUUCAUAUGUAUUUCCUUUUUUACAUUUUCAGCUAAUUUCUUGAUAACUUGAAUAAAUUUCAAAAGAGCCUUCCUAACAUGAAAUGUUGGUAAAUUAAGUUCUUAACUGUUGCAAUAAUUUUGGGAGCUUUAAUAGCAGGAUUGUUACUUUAUAAUUUUAAGAAAAUCAUAUUUCUGUUUCACUGCCUUGGUUUUUAGUUGUUCCCUCGUCACUGUCACAGCCAGAGACUUACUACACACCUGAUAUUGAAGUACUUUGGGGUUGUCCUCUGUAUACUGACAUUAAAUAAACAUGUGUGAAUGAAUUGUAAA